AUCCUUGAGUGCGCAGUGAAAGGAAUACUCCCCAUUGGACUGAUGUAGCGCGCCUCCGCAACAAAAAGCCACACAAGCUCGUCAUCAUUUGCUCAUGGUGACAGAUAGGGAAGGCGCACAGUAACCUAAACCAGGACGCAUUUGAUUGGGAGCUGCAGAAUAAGAGCUAAAGUUUGUGUUUUGGAUCAUUUCUCCCUCCGCAUGUACCAUCCCUGUUUGAUGGCACCGCGCUCUCUGAGCAUGGAGAGACUCUUCUCUGAGCAGAUCUGUAAGCUGUAGGAUCAAGAGGACCUGCAACAGGUUGGAGAAAUGGCAGACAUUCUGGAGCUGCGCACAGAUGGGAACUCUCUCCUGAAGGCAGUGUGGCUCAGACGAUUAAGACUCACCAGGCUUCUGCUGGAAGGAGGCGCAUACAUCAAUGAGAGCAAUGAGCGGGGAGAGACGCCACUCAUGGUGGCCUGUAUGUCGAGACACUCUGACCAGCAAAGCGUGAGCAAGUCAAAGCUUGUCAAAUAUCUAUUGGACAACCAAGCGGACCCAAACAUACAGGACAAGGCGGGCAGGACGGCUCUAAUGCAUGCCUGCAUCCAUAAAGCUGGGCACGAGGUGGUGGAUCACCUGCUGAGCAACGGUGCUGAUCCAAGUCUGGAGGACAGGAGUGGGGCCUCGGCUCUGGUCUAUGCCAUCAAUGCAGAUGAUAAGGAGACAUUAAAAUUACUUUUGGAUGCAUGCAAAGCUAAAGGAAAAGAGGUCAUUAUAAUAACGACAGACAAGUCACCAUCUGGCACUAAAACCACCAAACAGUAUCUAAAUGUGCCCCCAUCUCCAGAGCUGGUUGAGAGGUCGUCUCUAGAGUACUGCACCACUCCCUCUGACAUCAGUAUCACUGCGUCUCCUACAUCUGAGCAAGAGGAACAAAACACUGUAUUUAAUUUCCAGACGAAGCUAAAAACGUCCGUCUCUGCAACAAAGCUCACAAAUGGGCCCACAUCUCCAACUCGCCGGCCGGUAAACCCGAAACGGGCGCGUUUGCCUCAGCUGAAGCGGCUGCAAUCAGAGCCCUGGGGCCUGAUUGCUCCCUCUGUCCUGGCUGCAGCUGCUGCCUAUGAGGAGAGCAAGAAAGCCAGCUCUGAUGAGGAUGUAGUUGCUGGGGUGAACGGCCUCUCUCUGAAUAGGAGAGCUGCUCUGUCCCGGCAGAGCAGCGUGGAUGGGAAGGACAGCUUAUUCCCGCUGGUGGGUGACCAGCCGUGCAAAAUGACAACCUCCUUAUCAGUCCCUCCAACUUCUAAGCCUUCAUACGAGAGAUCUCUGGGACAGCACCAGCCUCUGGCUCGGCGCAGUACUGUGCCCACAGAGCAGGAGAGCGGCAGCAGCUGCGGCAGCGGACAAGUCAGCCUCAGAGAGACGUUGCACAGAAGACGUCUAGGAAACGAUCACUAUGACUCAGACUCGCAGCUCUACUCAGACUCUGCCAUGUUAGACUCUCCUAAAGUCCCAGUGGAGCGAAGGAAACUAAACACUUCUCCACUUGCAAUGCUCACCAGUUCCAGAGAAUCGCUUGACAGCAAUGCAAGCACAUCAUCUCCAAGCACGGCACGAAGGCGCGCACCUGGACUCCUGGAAAGGAGGGGCUCCGGCACGCUACUGUUGGACUACAUCUCGCACACUAGGCCUGGCCACCUGCCCCCCCUAAACGUCAACCCAAACCCACCCAUUCCUGAUAUAGGGGCCAGUAACAAGCCCUCUUCACCUCUUUCAACAGGUAUAAAAUCCAUAGCCCCAGUAGCACCAAACACACCAAAGACAGGAGGUCUAAAGACAAAGAAGAAACUUGUGAGAAGGCACUCUAUGCAAGUGGAGCAGAUGAGGCAGCUUUAUGAUUUUGAGGAGCCUCCUCAUUAGUUAGUUAUGGCGUUAAUGCAGCAAAUACCGGGGUAGUAAAUAUGAAAGCACCCUAUAAUACCAGGAAGUACAUCCAUAGCCUCAGCUGUUUCCACACACGGUUAUCUAGAUGUUGAAAAAUGUAUAAUUUAUUACAAAUAAAUCAACAUAAAUAUAUAUCGAACAAGCAAUAUAGAUAUUUUUCCCUGUGUUACACUCAGCUUAAGGAUCAUCUUUGGACUUUACAACAUCUCCUGUAUAUGUAUUAUUUUUGAAUGUAAAGGCCAAGAUGUGGUACCUUUGUUCUCAGAACCUCUUUUACAUGAUUGUGUAAUAUGUAGGCAACAUACCAGGGUUAAUUUGUAGCCAGCAGGCCACUUGGGUGCACUUUGUGCAUAAAAAAUGAGUGUCUUUAACGGAAUUUUGGUGGACAAGACAAAGGAGUGAUGCAGUUCUCUGAGAUGUAGCUUUGCGAGGGUUGAAACCUGACUGUUUGUAGCAAUUUUGUACAAAGUGCCUUCAAGAGAAAGAAACGAAAGAGAAAUGAACAUAUAUAUUUAUUAUAUGAAGGCAGUUUAAUUUAUGUUUACAAACUUUAAAAGGAUAUUUCACAAUUUUGGAAGCGAGAUUCUGCUGAAAGGGUAGAAGUAGUUAUUAUCUGACUAGCACCUGAUAAUUGUCGAGAUGUCUUUGAUUAGUGCGAAUAGAGAUUUUUCUGUUUA